AUGGCUCCUGUCAAACGCCAGGCUCCUCAUCGCGACAAGUCGCCGGCAGUGGCGCAGUGGAUUCCAAAGCCAUUCAACCUGCUCGAGGGUAACCCAUUCGAAUACUCGCAACAUGACAUCUCUUCUGUAUCAGGAACGGAAGCCUUUGAAACAAGUAUUCAGACACGCGAUGGAGGUCGCUGUGUCGUUUGUGGUUGCUCUGAACGACGGGCCUUGGAUUACUGCCACAUCGUCCCGACGUCAGAAACUGACACUUGGGACGAGAUGAGAGACACUGGUUUCGUGCCUCGAACAGCAAAAAGUGUGGAGCAUGAGCCACGAAACGGUAUUCAGCUUCUCUCAAGCCACACCCCCGAGUCUGACCCAAUUGUAGCAAAGACAAUUUAUUUUUAUCAACCAUUGCCAAUCCGGGAAUGA